AUGGAAGGCGUAGAUGAGGUUACUUUGGUUUCUGGGAAUGGUGAGGAAUUCAAAAUACCAGAACAAGUAGCUCUGCAAUCUCCUACCUUGAGCAAGAUGCUAAGUUCAUCUUUUCUUGAACAAAAGGAGAGGAGAAUAGUGCUAUCGGAAACUGAUGGUAAGAUCCUUAGUAAAGUUAUUGAGUACUUAAAUUAUGUGUAUGAUAAUAAGGAUAAGGACGCAGAUGAAGAUAUACCAGAAUUUAACGUACCACCUGAAAUUUCAUUGGAACUGUUGCUUGUUGCAGACUACUUACAAAUCUAG